UAAUUUAUUUUCUGUAUUUCGUGAAUUGCACAAUCUGUUUCUGAUAUUAUUGAUGCGAAUUAUAGCUAUGUGAUGUAAAGAUCCUUUGUUGUCCUUAUGUAAACAUGUUAUUGACUCUGUACUCUUUAUUUUGUAUUUAUUGCUGUAUAGAUUGUGUCCUGUUUGUGUGUCUGAACGCUUAAUAGGUUAAUAUUUAAAUUCAUCCAGAUCUUAACAGUAGCCUUUAAUUAUUAUUAUUUUUUUUUGGAAUAAUAAUAUCCACACUGUGAGUUGCGAACAAGUAAUGUAAUAUACAUUCUAACACCAUAAAAUAAUGUUAAAAUUUUACACAGAAUUGUACAAUUGAUCACGUUUUAUUGGCUUCUAAUCUGUCAACGCUUGCGGUGUCUCCCAUUGGUUAAGCAUAGAAAACCACGCCCACUUGGGGAAAACAAUCCAACAGUCUCCAUUGACUUUAGUAUGGGCGUGGCCUAAGUGCGCUCUGUCUCUGUUACUUUCAGUUUUUUGUUUUUGUUUUUUAGUGGCGACGGAACACUUUAAUGGAUUAGAAUCUACGUUAAAAAAAACUAGCAACAUUUUAUUUUUAGGAAAAGCAGUGAAAAUGCUUCUCCUUAUUUUGCCCUCAUUGCUUUGGUGUUUACGUGACUGUGGUGUGUCUGGUGUUGAUACAGAGAGAUUGUCUGUGGAUGAGGGAGAAUCAAUCACUCUAAAAACUGGUGUUGAAACAAACCAACAUGAAAAUAUAAGGUGGUAUUUGACAUUGGAGAAUGACAUUCUCAUCGCUGAAACCACUGGAGAUCAGAGUAAGAUCUGCACAGAUCAACAGUGUAAAGUGAAAUUCAGAGACAGACUGAAGCUGGAUCAUCAGACUGGAUCUCUGACCAUCAAAGACACCAGACCCACAGACUCUGGAGUUUAUAAGAUAAAGAUCAACAGUAGCAGAUUCAGCACAAAGAUCUUCAUUCUUACUGUUCAUAGUUUUUUCAACGUUCAUACAGAUGAAGAGUCAGCUUUUGUGAUGGAAGGAGAUUCAGUCACUCUAAACACUGAUGUUAAAACAAACCAACAAGAAAAGGUUAGAUGGUAUUUUAAUGGCAUUCGCAUCGCUGAAAUCACUGGAGAUCUCAGUAAGAUCUGUACAGAUGUUCAGUGUAAUGAAGGUAAUGAGAGAUUCAGAGACAGACUGAAGCUGGACAAUCAGACUGGAUCUCUGAUCAUCACAAACAUCUCAAACACACACUCUGGGGUUUAUCAACUACGGAUCAUCACCAGAAGCACCAUCAAUACAAAGAACUUCAUCAUUGCUGUAUACGAUUUUCCUGUUGUUGAAGUUGAUGGAAUAAAGAGAAAGUCAGUGAAGGAAGGAGGAUCUGUCACUUUAGAUACUUAUGUAAUAAAAAAUUCAAAUGAUUCAAUGACAUGGUAUUUUAAUGACACUGUCAUCACUGAAAUCACCAGAGAUCCCAAUAAGAUCUGUACAGUUAAUCAGUGUGAUGAGAGAUUCAGAGACAGACUGAAGCUGGAUCAUCAGACUGGAUCUCUGACCAUCAUGAACAUCUCAAACACAGAUGAUGGACUCUAUAAACUACAGAUCAUCAUCAGCAGAAUCAGCAUCAUUAGGAGCUUCAGUGUAAAUGUCACAACUGUUCCAGAUUCAGGUGUGUCUUCAAGUGCUAAAGGAGGAAUAUAUGCUGUUGUUGUUGUUGUUGUUCUGCUGGUGGCUGCAGCUGGUGUGGUCACAACAGCUGGUGUGAUUUACAAUCGCCACAGGAAAGCAGGCCAAAAUGGCACCAUGAUGCAGAACAAUCAUGAAGAGAAGAAUGGUGUGGACGACUCAGUUCCCUUAUCAGAAUGGGAUUCCUCUAAUCACUGCUGAUAAUGGGACAUCGGUAGUUUUUCCAGUAUAUACGGAUAAAGUGCAGGAUUAUCUAUAUUUUGCCAGUAUUGAUUGCAGUGUUGCUUUCAUUAACCAUUAGCAGCAAAAUUUGUUCUGCAAGGUAUAACGCACUGGUCUGUAAAUCAGAUUCUUAAUCAUCAUGUUGCAAGAUGCAAGUGAUCUUCACAGACAUGCAUCCAAAUGCAACAAGGCAACUGUCUAUUAAACAACACACAGGUUUUGAAUUGAGUCUGAGCUACAGAUACUGUUAAUGUUACAUCUUCACAAAUUUAGGAUUGGCAUCUUGACAGUUUGUUGAGUUUGGGAUGCUAGUGGCCCUACAUCUGUUUUAACCAGAAAAAAAAAAAACAGAUAAAUUCUAAAGGCCCUUCAUGAGCUGGACCAGCACUUGACCAGCAUAAACCAGCUCAUGACCACCUAAGGACCAUCUUAAACCAGCUCAUGACCAGCUAACAACAUAGCUGAUGCUUUGGGUUUUGGAUUUGUUUGUUUGGGGUGUCAUAACUUUGUGGUGGUUAAAGGUUCAAAUCCAGCAAAGGCUACUGCAGCAUUUCACAUUUUAUAAAUGUGUUUACUGAUAAAACAAGAACAUCCUUUUUCUAAAAUAGAUUUCAGAUGUUUAUUUUACUAAUAUAAUCAAUUUUACUAAUAUAAUAUAUUACUAAUAUUCACUGUUGAAAUGUGCAAAAAUUGUAUUUCUUUGUAUUUUGUUUCAACGUGUGUGUUUUAAAUUUUAACAUUCUUACAUUUUUAAGCAUUUAAGCAUAUUUAUCAGUUUUGUUUCUGCCAAGUUCUUGCAUUUGAUGUGAGGAAGAAGAUGGAGACCUGUGGGGUGUUCAAGGUAAAGACGCAGUACUUCACAUCAUCUGUCCAUUAUAGAUGUUUGUUUUGACCAUCUCCAUCUAUUUCAGUUCUGUUCAUCAAGCAUGUUUGACUGUUGUGUUUGUUCAAAGUGCUUGUUAUAUCAUGUAAUUAUUGUGUUUUUUAUGUGUUUGCAUUCUAGAAAAUCAUCACUGUGUGAUGAAAAUGAUCACCUGCACUUGAAUUUUCUGCAUGCUUAGUCCGGUCUCCACCACCACAUUCUAGGACAGGAAAGUGAACAGGAAAUAAUGAAAAUGAGUAUGCUUGCCCCCAGUUUUAAACAUAAUCUGUUUGUCCAAACAUGUCAGGGUCAUGUUUAGUUCUCUUAGUUCAUUUGUGUUUGUUUGAUUUUGUUCUGUUCCUGUUUGCCCAUGUUCCCUGUCAUUGUUAGUUAGCUUGAGCUAAUUUGAGUUCAACACCGGUUCGCUGUUUCAUUGAUUACUCCCUGUGUAUUAAACCUUCUGUUCUCUCA